AUGAAGAACCUCUACAUCAACAUUGAUGUCGACGGAGCGGUUGAGAACUCUGACUACAUGGAACAACAACGCACCGUCUACAAGCAACCCUCAGUCGUGGGUAAACUAAAGAAGCUUGCCGUCAACCAUGAAAAGCCCAGCAUGCAGUCCUCCAACACACUAGACUUGCGCCUUGAGUCAGGACUUGAACAGCUGGCGUACCUGAGCCAGUGGGCGGAAAUUUGGUGCAGAGGCGACCAAAGGAUGGAUAUGGAGGAUGUCCAAUGGAUCGCACAGCACUUCCCGAGGCUACGACAUUUCACAGGACGACUACAUGUAGAGGACCUUCUUCUUGAAAGAAAAAAUAAGGAAUAA